AUGCUAAGAGAAGCUCUUAUAGGUUUAUUUCUUGCUUUUUUCAUUACAUACAUAAUUGUGACUGAGAAGAGGAUCGAUAGCUUAACUUCAUCAAAUACAGAUUUGAGGAAGAAAGUGGAACACCUUAUCAAUGCGAAUCAGAAUCUGUUGAAAGGAGUUGAGGACUCGUCAAAGAAGGUUGCCUUUACAGCAGGUACAACAGGUGCGGGAGGAAUCGGAAGCGGAAGUACACUAGUAUUUCCUGUGGUCAUCAAUAACGUUGGUGGUGGAUACGACCCAGGUACAGGGAUCUUUACCGCCCCCAUGGCUGGACAGUAUGUCUUUUACAUUAGCGCCCAGGGGUAUAGCAGUGACACAUUGUAUGUAUCUAUUGUACACAACGGAGGUGCGAAGGUGAUGACAAUGUCAGAUGGAGGACGGGGUAAAGAUUUCUAUGACUCUGGAUCCAACCUAGUGACUCUAAAUCUACAACAAGGUGACAGAGUGUGGGCAAGGUGCCAUAGUGGGUCAAAUUACUACAGCGAGGGGAUACCCAUUACAACCUUUUCCGGUUUUCUAGUUUGAUAAAUCAGAUUAUAUGUUUGCCCCUAAGUGUCCAGUGCAUAUCAGAAAGCUUUAACAGAUUU